CGCCGUUCGCUACGGCGGCGGUGUUGUCGCCGCGCUAGCCCGUUGCGUCACCGAACGCGCACACGUCGCGUACGCGUCGUAAAAAAAACGGAUCCUCCGGUCCUCCGCGGGACGUCGCGCGGGAUUCGCCGGUGGCGCGGGGCGCGGACGGGUGCGGCGGAGAGGAGUAGGUGGCCCGGUAAAAACCUUACGAGGGCUCCUCCCCCCCCCCUCCCGCAUCCGUGCGAUUGUUAUUACGCGCGCCGCGUUAUUGCCGCGUUCUCGAUUACGCGCGGCCGCGGAUUAACACAGUGCCGAUCCGGUCUCGUCGCCGACGACAACCGCCAGCGCGCGCGUGCCACGAACAAACGCUUCUUGGGUAGUACGCCGCGCGCGUACGUUUUGUUCCCCCGGAGUGGCCGCCCGGUGUCCCGCGACCCGGCGGCGACGCGCUCAGGAUUCUCUCGUUUACGUCGGGGCACGUUCGCCGUCGGAAUCCGCGGUUCCUUGUUGUGCGUCCGGUGAAACUGAUUUCCGGGUCGAUUUUUCGGUUUCAGAUCGAGAAAUGGUAGCGGACACGGCCAACAGUUAUCAUCAACAGAAGAGCAACCAACAACAACAACAACAGCAUCAGCAGCGCCAUCAGCAACAGCAAAACGUCCAUCAGAAAACCGCCGGAAUCCUUCACAACCACCUGCAGCAGCAGCAGCACAUACACCAGCAGCAGCAGCAGCAGCAACAACAACUGUACCAGCAACAGCAGCAGCAACUCCAACACCAGCAACAGAACGGCGGAGGUGUUGGUGGCGGCGACGGUGGUAGCCAUCGAGACAAUAUGCCGCAGUACUGCAGUGACAUGGAACAGUCGGGAAGCAUGAGGUACGACGAUUCGGUGUCGCCCGGUCCCGAGUCCCCGGGUCCCGGAGAACCGUACCCGCCGGGGUUCGACCUGUCGUCGCACCUGCAGCGCAAAGAGUUUUUCGCGCAACGCAAACAGAGGGAGUUCAUACCGGACAACAAAAAGGACGAGAGCUACUGGGACCGGAGGCGGCGGAACAACGAGGCAGCCAAGAGGUCCCGGGAGAAGAGGAGGUUCAACGACAUGAUCCUCGAGCAAAGGGUUGUCGAACUGAGCAAAGAAAACCACGUGCUCAAGGCGCAGCUGACGGCCAUCAAGGAUAAGUUCGGCAUCAGCGGCGAGGCCGUGGUCAGCGUCGAACAGGUAAUGAUAAUAUUUUGGUUUUUUUAUUUUUUUUUUAAAUAUCGCCCCCUUCCCCCCGAUACGAAUUUUUCGGGACGGAAUAAACGGCUCGGCGCGACCGCGAGACAAGUGCACUUUUCGAAAUCGUUUCUGCCGAGAGCGGUUUCGUUUAACCAGCAAGAGCGCUUCUCUGUCAUUAUAUUUUCGUGUUGCUUUACCCGAAACCGUCGAGAAAGUAAUUUUUAGGACUCGCCGUGUCACCGCACCGGGCCCUUCAGUUCACCCCCGUAUCACUAUUGUACAAACAAUCGAAAACCCCCUCUUCCUCUCUCAUAUCAAAAAAAAAAAAAUCAAAUAAUCCGCACAAUUAUUGCUAUACCUUCAACCAAUAUGUGGCCGCGUCGAACCCCGUGGAUUUCACACGGUUUCGUCGUCAUUCCCAUUGCAAUAUUAUUUUAUAUAUUUUUAAACGAAUCAGCCGCGAACAAUCGUAAUAAUUUCAUUAUAACUCGACUACGUGCGAGAUAAACGCGCGUCGAAUCACCGACCGGAAGUACGCUGGUUUUUUUCUCCCGCGCUGUGCUUAUAUUAUAAUAUACGAGCAUAGUGACGUCACCGUGUAAUAUUAUUAAAUUUACUAUUAUUGGCCUAAAUUAGACAAACGCUCACACGCACCGAACACGUGGCCGUUACAUUAAACGACGCGACAGAUCGUCUCGCGCGUAUUUCGUGGGCGACCGGUGGGGGUGAGGGGGAUUGGUUUCGAGAAGGAAGUGACGUGUCGUGCGGUGGCAAUCACAGUCGAGAAUCCGACGACAAAAUGUCAUAUUAUUUUAAUCCGUUCGAUUUGCGUUUGAUUUACGCGACGUUCUCGCGUUCAUUAUUGGGUAUUCGAAACGAACUGUGAGAAGGAAAUCAAAAUCUUUAGGCGGUGCUCGUGUCGCGCGUGUACAUUAGUCGACCGGUCAAUUGUGUGUUUUUUUUUUUUAAAUAAAUAUUUAUUAAAGCGAAAAAGAUGAACGAUGUGGACAACUUUUCUACCAGGGAUCUUGCGCCAAUUCUCAAGUGUAGCACCUUUUCUGACAGGAAAUUUGUGUGGGGAGGUACUUUAAAAGAGGCCAUUUUCCCAGGAGUUUUCUCAAUUGAUGUGAAAAAUCGAAAAAAAAAACUGAGGAAAAUCGGUACAUCAAUAAAAUAUUGUUAAUGAAAAUAUAUAGAAUGCCUAUUUAAUUAUUUUACCUUAAUAUAACGUAUGUAUUGUUGACAAAGCAACUACACUAAAUCAACCGAACUCCGCUCGGAAUCGUUUUUUCGUAAGCAAUGGCUUAUCGUUGCUUACAGGUGUAUAACAGCGUACAUCUGGUGUACAAUGGUUGCACCCGUCCCCGUUAUCCAUGGACGUCUUUUUAAAAAUAAAUCUCCGAAAAUUGAAAUAUUCCCAUUGUCCUUGGAAGAAAGCUCUUUAUAGAUAUAAAAAUGUUUUCGCACUCAGACAUGAUUGAUAGUAUUCUAUUAUUUGUUAAUUAUUUUAAAAUUUUCCAUAUUAUCGUUGGGACAAUAUCGAUAGACUGGGACGCCGUUACGUGCGGUUUCGAAAAUAAUAACUAAUAUCUGCGGGUAACCCGGCGAGAAAUAAAUGGCGGUGAUGGGGGGUGGGAGGGGCCCGAGGAAGGGGAACACCGUGUCCGCGCACGAUAUUUCCAAGGUGCGUACGUAUAAUAAUAUACCAACCUCCUAUAGUCGUUUGUAUAGCGCACAAUAAGGUCGUCAAAUUAAGCGGUUUUUUUUUUUUUGUUUUUUUUCGACACGACGAAUGCAAGCGACCGUGUCGGCGUGUCUGCGCCGUUUGCGAGAGAAAAAAAAAACACACGUAUAUUCCGCUCAUUGUCCGCGCCGAAAAAACCGACGGGGGAAAAAAAAUACGAUUUCUCACGCGGUAAAAAAAAAAAAAAAAAAAUUGUUUAAAGUCGAAUUUCGCGCGUAUACGUAUGAUGUAUACGCCUUACGCGCAGUAUUAUUAUAUCAUUGUCGGUCGAUUAUCAUUCCUCCGUCGGUCGAAUCGCUCCGGUGGGGAAGUGGGUGGUGUGGGGGGGGGGAGGUAGAGAGGCUGGCUGGGCGAAAAACCGAGAAGAAUACCGGUACCCUUUCCGAACGAGCCGUUUUUUUUUCGGCCGUUUCCCCUGGCCGCCCCAUCGCCUUCCCGGCCGUCGUCUCCCGCCCGGGAUAGGUCGGGUUAGGCUGGGUCACGUAUCUCGGGGCGGCCGUGGGCCGGCGAGGGGGGGGAGGGGUGCGGGAAUUUAACGGUUACGGGCUGCCGUCGGUUAUCGACGGCGCGUACGCGCUCCGUUUUACAUAUCGUACGUAUUUUAUUGUUAUGGUCGUGUCGGCGCGCACAUCACGUAUCCCGCGAGACGCGGCAACGUAUGUGCGCGCAGAGUGAUACGUGACGGCUCACGCGCGCUACACUGACACAUAUUAUUGCUAUUGUACACGUGGGACGAGCGAACCGACAAUGAAAAAUAAAAAAUAAACAUAAUCUAAUCGAUAAGAAAAUAAAAAUAAAAAAAUAAAGUGUUACGUGUGAAACGUCGUGUACAAUACUAACGGUGUUCUCUUUUUGUUCUGUUGCACGUUACAGGUAAUGGCCUCUUUGCCGACAAACGAACAAGUGUUGAGCAUCACGAAACGCCCGAAACUGUCGUCGUCCACGUCGUCGGCCAGUUACUCGCAGAACGGCGGCGGCGGCGGCGGUGGCCCGAUACCCACUUCGGUCAUACACCAGCCCGUCCAGUCGACCACGCCCAAGAUGAACGGCUCGUCGUACUACGGACAGUCCGAAUGCGGUAGCCCCGGUAUGGAACAGCAGCAGCAGCAGCAGCAGCAGCAGCAACAACACCAACAGCAACAGCAACAGCAACAGCACCAACAGCAGCAGCAACAACAGCAACACCAACAGCAGCAGCAUCAACAGCAGCAGCAGCAGCAGCAGCAGCACCAAGCCGACCGCGGCAACGGCGGCGUGGCCGGUCUGUCCAUGUCCGCGGCCGCCGUGGCCGCCGUGGCCGCCGCCGCCCAAGCCGGGUACCCGCCGUAUCCGUUCGCGCCGGUGCUGCCGGCCCUGCAACCGCCCUCGUUCGAGGCGGCCGCCAACAGCGUGCUGAACCUCAGCCGCCGACCGCCGUCCCCGUACGAGCUGAGCAGCGGCAGCGGCGACGACACUUCGUCGUCGUGCGUGCCAAUAUCGCUGGCGUUUGUCGCGGCGGCCGCGGCCGCCGCGGCCGGGGGCGCCGGUCCCGGCGCCGUCAUGGUCGGUCACCACCAUCACCAUCACCAGCAGCACCACUUACAACACCAUCACCUCAACGGGAACGGCCUGAUCAGCAUCGUGGGCGCGGGCAACGGCGUCAACGCCGUCAACGGCAACAGCAUCAUCGGCAACGGCGGUAACAACAACGGGCACGGCAACGGCAGCGGCAACUGCCUGCCCCACAAACUCCGGCACAAGACGCAUCUGGGCGACAAGGACAUGGCGGCCACGGCUCUGCUGUCGCUGCAGGCCAUCAAACAGGAACCGGGCAUCAGCAGCCGCGCCAGCCCGCCGUGGGACGCGGAGGGCAGCAGCGACGAGCGCGACUCCGGCAUCAGCCUGGGCGCCGAGUGGGGCGUCAGACCGUCGUCCGUGGCCGCCGCGGCCAUGGCCGCCGGGUGCCCGACCACGGCGUCCACGGCCCCGCGGGCCGUGGCCAUGCAGUCGCCCGCGGCCCGGUGCGAGCCGGCCGACGAGGGCGCCGUCCACGCCACCGGGCCGACCGCCGACGGCGGCACGGCCACGGCCACCGCCGAGGUGGCCGGCGUCGGCCCGGACGACAGCCGGCUCAAGUCCGAGGUGGCCAGGCUCGCGUCCGAGGUGGCCAGCCUGAAGAACAUGCUGUCGUCCAGGAAGUCUGCGUCGUCGGGCCCCGCCUCGGCCGCCGCUCAGUCUACGACCGUCGCGGUCAAUUGACGAGGGAUUGGCCGGUCGUCACGCGGCGGUACAAACACACACACACACACACACACACACACAUACAUACACACACACACACACACACACACACACAGCACACAGGUACGAGGUGCGACAGCGCAGUCGUUGUUAUUCGUUUUGGGAAUACGCGAGAUGUUUUACACGCAUACGACAACAAGACAACAAGACAAGAAAAAAAAAACACAAAAAAAAAAAACAAAAAAACGAAAUCAUUCUCAUAAUAUAUACAUAUAUUCUAUAUUAGAUAAAUUAUAUCAUAUGAAUAAUGAAUCCACACAUAUUUUUAUUAUUAUUAUGAAUUGUUAUUACGUAGAAUUAUUAAUUUAUUACGAAUUACAAUGAUUUAUUAUUAUUAUUAUUAUUCUACUAUAAUUGUAUUAUGUUCGGUCGCUUCGAGACGACGUUACAUACAUAUAUAUAUAUAUAUUUUUUUUUUAUCAUUAUUAAUAUUAUUAUUACUAUUACCUAUCGUAGUUUAUUUUAUUAUUAUUUUUUUUUUUUUUCACGCGAGUCUUGGUCGUCGCCCACCGCGCAACACGAUAGCGAUUAAUAUGUCGGACGAUAUUUUUGUCGCGUACGCCCUGUACAUAAUAACAUCGGCGUAAUCGUACGCGUGCACAUCACGAUAACCGGCAGAAAACGAUACGGCCGAUAACGAUGUCAACAGAUUUACCUAUUUUUUAAAUUUUUUUUUCCCGUCGCCAGGUACGCACCGCUCCGAAAACACCGGGACGAACGGCGGCGGCGCGCACAUCCGCAAAUAAACUUCUAACAAUCAUCGCCGUUGACACGUUGCUCCGGUUCUUUCGUUCGCUCCCGACGAUACGAACGCCGUUACCGUAACCGCGCGGUAAUGACCGGUGACGAUUCCGCCGCGACACUCGCCGCGCCGUUAUUGUCGUUGAGCAAGGUGAUGACGCGCGAACGUUUUUUCUCUUUUUUUUUCAACGCGGCCGUUCUUCUUCUUCUUCCCCCCUCCCCCCCUCGUCCUCCCACCACCAGGUCGCUCGCCGUGAUCUUAUUGCGUCGGGGGUUUUUUUUUUCUUUUUCCCUCCUGCCCGUUUCGCGUUCCGCCCCGAAGACUCCGGGACCGGACACGCAGCGGGAAAUCCCACUGUCACCGAUCGAACGACGGGAACGCGCGGGAACCGGGCCGGCUACGCGCGACGCAUCGGCGAUCCGUCCGAACGCGCGCGCCACGGUAUCGCGUCG